CUAUAAUGGCGGCGUAAACACUGUUCGACUAAACAUCAAAUAAUACACACUAAUUGGUAUAAAAAAAAAAUCAACUGGUCUCGGAGCAGUCAUUCUGUGCGCGAUACCUUAUCACACGUGAUAAUAAAACUGAAAAGAGCCUUACAUUUCAGUGUACUACCAGUUGUUGCACCGUUAAGGUGUUCGUUUCAAACAUGUCGAAGAACAAUCUAGAAGUUGGAAUGAGGUGCAUUAAGUAUAUGCUUCUUUGUGUUACCGCGAUAUUCGUGUUGACAUCUGCGCUAAUAAUCUCAGUGGGGACUACAAUAUACGCCAUUUACUACGAUGUCUCCUUCUUCCUGGACUACCAGCUGUUCUCGCCGGCCACUUUCAUCAUCGCGAUCGGUGUCAUCAUGCUGUUCGUGUCUCUCUUUGGUUGCAUUGGAGCUUUAAAAGAAAGCACCUGCUUGGUCAAUAUUUUUGCAGUAAUCCUAAGCCUGGUCUUGGUGCUGGAGAUCGCCGCCGCUAUCACGGCCUACACCUUGAGGUCGCAGGUAUCGGGAAUGCUCGACUCCAACCUCCGGGAGACGCUGCCCUAUUAUUACAGCAACCCUGAGGUCACCGAUUCCUUCGAUUUCAUCCAGAGCAGGUUAAACUGUUGCGGUAUUGACAGCUACCUCGACUGGGGUGAAGUUAAAGCGAACAGGACUGGUAUCGAUGUGAAGAACGUCACAGUUCCAUACUCCUGCUGCGCACAGACAAGCUACCAGGAAAUUGGAGAAGUACAGUAUGAGGAAUGCGUGAAGCUGUAUGCGAAUGGCUGCCUUCCUAGAAUCACUUAUUUGAUUUAUCAGAGCGCAGGUCUACUCGGUGCUGGUGCUAUGACCAUUGCAUUUAUUCAGGUUAUUGGGAUUGUCUUCUCAUUCUCGCUCGCCAGUUCCAUUCGCAAGACGAAAUCCGAGCGCGAACGUAGGAGAUGGGAGAUUCAGGAGCGUAUGAUCAACGCUUACACUUCGCUAAACCCUAACGAAGAGAAACAGAAACCUAUUGUCUAUGUCCCCUUCCACGGACAAACAACUGCUUAAAGUCAACAAUAUUCUGUAGCAAUAUAACACAGACUUUGUAACUUCGGAUUUUUAGAUCAUUUUGCUGUUUCUAUGGAAACACUGUCUGCACAGUUUCUGUUAUGAAAGGUUUCAAUUAAAUUGAGCGUAAGGAGAAAUGCUAUCCACGAUGUUUUAACACAUUCAGCUUGAGUAUUAAAACAUUUAUAUUUUUUUGAACUAAUUAUAUUAUCCAAUUAAUUUAUUUAUAUUAUAAAAAAAACCUUAUAAAAAUAUUCUAGUGCUUAAGCAUUGUAUGCUUUCAUUUUGGAAAUAGAUCACAAAUAAAUUCGUUAUGGACAUAGAUGUAAUAACUAUAAUGUUUUAUUUAAAUAAAUAUUUUUUUGUAUUAAAAAA